AACAAUCAAUUUGGGAGAAGCGUACCUUGUUAGCUCUAGUCAUCGAAAAUGAGGUGGACCAAUGAGAAGCUACCGCAAUAGAAUUUCAUGGCACGCGGACUACUGAGCGACAGUAGCGAGGUGACUACUGAUGGUCCUCUGUGGGCCAUCAUGAUCAUGGCUAUCAAGUUGAAGCUGUUGAUUGACAAGGAGAAAAACCGAGUGGUGCUUGCCGAAUCCGACAAGUACUUUGUUGAUACCCUCUUCAGCUUCUUGACAAUACCAAUAGGUUCUAUAGUGCGACUCAGCAGCGGGAAAUCCAAUAUUGGAUGCAUGGAUGCAUUGCACGAGAGCGUCCAGAGUCUCGAUUCUCAGUAUCUACAGACAGAGGCUGUGAAGGGGAUGUUGUUCCACCCGAGAAGCGCAUGUGAAGUUCAAACCAAUGAUCUAGCACUAAAUGUCGAUACGGAGCCUACAAGGUAUUAUAUAUGUACAUCAUCAUGUAACGCAGGGUCCCAACCUUUGAUCAGUACUGUUAAGAAUGUCCGAUGUCGCUGUGGACAAGUGAUGGCUAACGAGGUGGUUCUUAAGAAGUCAAAGCCGGCUGCGGACGGUAUCAGUGAGGGAGUCUUUGUGAAGGAAACUAUGAGGUUUAUCAUAGGCGAUGAUCUACGGGUGAGCCCCAUUUCCACGGAGACCUCCCUGUCGCAGCUUCACAAGCAAGGUAUCAGGGACUGGACUGCUCUCGAGGAGAAGAGUGUGAACGUGGGUGCCAAUGAGGCUUUACAUAUACUGAGACGAUUGUUCGUCUCCACCACACCUUUGACGGACGUGUUUCUGCGGAAGCCUGAGGCUCCUGAGGAUGCUUUUGACUCCCUAAAGUGGAGCCCCAAAGACAUUGUCAUAGAUAAGAAAGACACUAGAAAGGAAAUGAGUUUGAAGCUUCUGAUCAACAAAUCCAAUAACAGGGUGGUGUACGCAGAGGCCACAAUUGACUUUUUGGACCUUCUAAUCAGCUUCCUCACCUUCCCUCUUGGAUCCGUAGUAAAGCUCUUGGGCCCAGGUUCUUCUAUCGAAUGUUUGGAUAAUUUGCACAAAAGCGUGGAGGAUUUGAGCGGUGGCGACGAUUGUAUCAUAUCGGAGGAUUGCAGGGCCAUGCUACUAGACGCCAAGCUAUCGCCACAUUCAGGGUGUGACUCCCAGCUACUGCCGGUCGUGGAGGCAGGUCUUAUGACAAUCAACAGUUCUAUGUUUAGUCGUUGUUUUUACUGUGGCAUGAAAAAUGGUCACUACAAUCCAAACUGCCGUGGUGUCACGAACCGAGAACUGCAUUUCAUAAAUCCAAAGGUGAGUGGUGGAGCCACAGAGUGUGGAGGAGGAUUUGUGAAGGGACCAAAUAUGAAGUUUAUGGUAACGGACGGGUUGGAUGUGAAGCCUCUAUCGUUUAUUUCGGGCAUUCCCAUCAUUGACAGAUUCAAUGUGCCCAACGAUGUACAGAAGCGAGUAGUAAGCGUGAGCGUGGAAGAGUCAUCAAUUUCUCCUCCUUUUGCUCUCUUUAUUUCUUUCCUUCUUCCGGCGGACGACCAAAAGCUCUGUGGUAUAAGAGGAAUAAAAUGCCUGCUACGGUGUGAAGAAGAGAUUAUAGUGAAGGUUAGAUCUGAAGCUCUAUCAGCCUUGUUAGUCAAAAGGAUGGCUAUCAAGUUGAAGCUGAUAAUUGACAAGGAGAAAAACCGAGUCGUGCUUGCUGAAUCCGAUGAGUACUUUGUUGAUACCCUCUUCAGCUUCUUGACAAUACCAAUAGGUGCUGUAGUGCUACUCAGCAACCAGAAAUCCAAUCUCGGAUGCAUGGAUGCAUUGCAUGAGAGCCUAGAGAAUCUCGAUUCUCGGUAUCUCCAGACAGAGGCUGUGAAGGAGAUGUUGCUCCGCCCGAGAAGUGCAUGGGAAACUCAAACCAAUGAUCUAGCACUAAAUGUCGAUACGGAGCUUACGAGGUAUUACAUAUGUAGCCAUUCGUAUGUCACAGCGGUCCACGAUUCCAACCCCUUGAUCAGUACUGUUGAAAACGUCCAAUGUCCCUGUGGACGAGCGAUGGCUACAAAGGUACUAAUUAAGAAGUCAAAGCCAGUUGCGGACGGAAUCAAUGAGGGAGUCUUUGUUAAGGAAACAAUGAGGUUCAUGAUAGGCGAUGAUCUAUGGGUGGGCCCCAUUUCCACGGAGACCUACCUAUCGCUGCUCGGCAAGCUUGGUAUCAGCGACUGGGCUACUCUGGAGGAGAAGAGUGUGGAUGUGGGCGCCGAUGAGGCUUUGCAUCUGCUCAGACGAUUGUUGGUCUCAAGAACACCUAUGACGGACGUAUUUCUGCCGAAGCCAGAUGCUCUUGGGAAUGCUUUUGACUCCCAAAAGUUGAGCCCCUUAGACAUAGCCACAGAUAAUAAAGACACUGGCAAAAAGAUGAGCGUGAAUCUUCUGAUCAGCAAAUCCAUGAACAAGGUGUUGUACGCUGAGGCCACAAAUGAUUUUUUGGACCUUCUAUUCAGCUUCCUCACCUUCCCUCUUGGAUCCAUAGUAAAUCUCUUGGGCCCAGGUUCUUCUAUCGGAUGUUUGGAUAACUUGCGCAAAAGUGUGGAAGAUUUGAGUGGUGGCGAUGAAUGUAUCAUAUCCGAGGAAUGCAGUUCCAUGCUACUUGACCCCAAGCUAUCGCUUCAUAUGGGGUGUGACAACCAACUACUGCCGGUCGUGGAGGCGGGCCCUAAGACAAUCGACAUUUCUAAGUUCGGUCGUUGUGUUUACUGUCACAGCGACAACGGCCACUCCACGUCAAACUGCACCGGUCUCAGGAGCCUAGUAUGUCAUUUCAUAAAUCCGAAGUUGAGUGGUGCAGCCACGGAGUGCGGAGGAGGAUUUGUGAAGGGAACGAAGGUGAAGUUUAUGAUAACGGAUGGGUUGUAUGUGAAGCCUCUAUCCUUUAUUUUAGUCAAUCCCAUCCUUGACACAUUCAACGUGCCCAUCGACGAUGUUCGGAAGCGAGUAGUAAGCGUGGGCAAGGAGGAGGCUCUCUCUCUACUGAAGGCUUCUUUGCUCUCCAAAACAGUUCUGAGCGAUGUCUUCUGUCCGAAGAAAGUAUAUCAAUCUAAGAUCAAAUUGGAACACGAAUGACAAUAUCAGUUCGAUUGGUAGGAUAGUCGUAUUUU